CAGCUCUUUUUGAACUCUUUGCCAGCCAACCUAAGCAGCCAAUUAGCCCCCUUCCCUAGCAGAAGCAGAGGCCAGAGAGCCACUUGCCAACACACAGGGAGGCGCACAGUUCUUUCUUCAUUUCUUUUUCUUCAACUAUCACCUAGUUCUACAACCAUUGCCAUGGGUAGUCUCCCACCGCACAUCAUCGAAAGUAUCGUCUCGUACACUAUCGGAAGAGGCAGGUUGCUCCCAGGGCUUCGGACUAAUGCCAAACCCCCAACUGUGCCCCGUGCGUUAUUCUCGCUGAUGGGUGUUUGCCAAGAGUGGAGAUAUGCUGUCAGUGGGUUCAUCAGCGAGUCUGCCACUCUCUUCGCCAGUCUGCCUAAGCCAAUAUAUCACAGCAAAUAUGGAGAUGCGCUGCCACUAGAAGACAUUAUUGCAGCUGGACUCGAGCGGCAUGUCCAUCAUUUGCAGCUUGAGUGCACUCCCGAGGAUGUCGCCAACGGAACCGUGUACUCAGCAAUGGACUCUCUGUUCACUCAAUGCAAAGGCAAGCUCAGGAACGUCCACACGGUCAUUCUCUGUGUCUCAAUCCUCAAUUCGCAUGAGCGGCCUGAGAUUGACCUGCAGGAAAUUGCCAGCGUAAAAAGGGGUUUUUGUGAGAAUAUCUGCCGUGUCAGCGAACUGCUGAGGGAGGUGAUGCCAAACAUCGCUUCGGUCGUGUAUUCUGGCGACCAAGAUUCCAAGCUACGCAGACGGCGACUGAAUACUGCUGCAUUGUUGGCGCUUUUAGGCGCCGUACCGUCAGUUGAAUAUCUGAGCCUCCUUGGAAGCAGGAUCUGGUAUGCCGACCUGGACAGCGAGUUGGCACCCAAUGUCAAGCACAUGCAUGUUGAUUUGUGCAACGGCAGCAGCAAUGGGAUCCUCGAGCUGGUGGUGCGCAAUGCCGACCAUCUGGAGACGCUAACUGUCGAUCUGCAAAACUCCGAAACGCUCAACAGGUUGUUCCAGAACCCUGUGGAUAGGUCGCCGGUUGUAUAUUCGCGGCUGCGUGCAUUCAAGACGACAUACGAGCAUGGCUGGAGAUAUGGGUACUCUGCUUGUGCGCCAAGGGCCAACCCUUUCCCAGUUCUGCAACAGCUUGUCUGCAAGCACUUGUGCCCGUUCAGUACCAGCAGUGUGUUUUACUGGAUUCAGCCUACGGUCGAAGUGAUGGAGGUCAAUUUCACUGGCUUGGCCUAUGCGAGGUUUGUCAGAGACGGCGUGUUUGAUUCUGACUCGUUCCCAAGCCUGCGUCAUGUCAAUUUUUCAUGGUACACUGAUGGUAGCAACCUUUCGAUUGCCGAUCCAACAAGUCAGCUCCGGCGCGUGUUGCUGCUCAGUCUUGUUUUUGAGAAUGUUGUUUUCGAUACACCCGUCUUUAGUUCCAGCAGCGCAGUAGCUCCACUCUACAGAUGCAAGGGUUUGAAAGAGCUAAAUCUAGCCGGUGUCCAGUUCACCGUUACCGAAGCAAUUGCGCUGAUCAACAAGUUCUCAAACCUACAGUCAGUGGUACUCUCCCUGAAAACCGGCAAUGAUGUGAACGAGCGAGGCGACGUCUCCGACGCCGAAAUCAAAAUGUUCCAGGAAAAGAAUAAGCAAACCCUGAAUUUGCGGCUCAGGGUGCUGGAGAUUAGCAAAUUUGUUUUCACUACAAGGCCACGCACCGCACAGCACGCCCUGCUACUGGCAAGCAUUUUCAGAUCUAUCCAGUGCAUAAGAAUCCGCAGUCGCAACAAGAAGCACGAUGCAGAGAUCCUUGCAGCGUUGGAAGAGGCAAAGCAAAGCAGGUGCUUUGAUAGCAACGGAGAGGAUCGAAUUCAAUGCAUGGAAAUUUCACUGGUUAAUAAGUAGAGUUUAUACAGCAAAAGCCGGAUAUAAUAGACACCAAAUAACACAAUAUCACAGUUAUUUCAUAUUCAAUAGUGUUAUUCAGAAUUGUGUUGGGUGCUGAUAAAACCAAGUGUAAGCAUUCACAAAAAUAUAUUGGAAAACCCAGGAAGAAUCUCCACUGCUAGGAGCCAGCAAGGGGCAUUUAAGCAAGCGCCGAGUGCGCAUACAGAGCCCUUAGCUAAGCCGCGCACGGCCCAGGAUGAAGCUGUGCCACUCUCAGUGAGUACGCCGCCCCGGGUACGACGGAACAACUCUAGCGGCAUGACUGUUGUUGUUUAUGUUUUAGGGUUUGCACGUGAAAUAGGCUUUUUUUUUAGUUUUUACAUGGGAUCUCUACCUGCCAGGCUACACAGUUAAUGCACGACCAAAGCUACUCCUCCCUCACGUCUUGUUUUUUUCUUUCUUUCAGAGAUCC